AUGUCGUUCUUUACCACUCCCCGUAAGUCUCCUCGAAAGCAUGGGAUGCAAACCCCAUCCCCACCAGAGGUUCCCAUUCUGCUGGCAAAUGUGAAAUGGGAACAAGAGCACGAGGAUAUCUUGGUGCAUAUUCUUUGCAACUGCCAAGAUGACGGAGUUCGCCAUCCCUUUGGGAAGCAUAUGCCGAACAUCACGAAAAAAUUAAACAGACGGCUGAAGGAUGGCACCGCCUACACACAAAAACAGGUUGGCGACAAAAUUAAGCAUCUUUGGGAGCUUUGGGUGUACUUCUCGGAAUUUGUCCGAGAUAAGGUAGGAACCGGCUGUGGGUGGGAUGAUGAUUUGGGGAUUGUCACGGGAACUCCGAAACAAUGGGAACACAUCCGACUGACAACGAGCCUCAAGAAGUACUACAAAUUCCGAAAUGGCCCCCCGACAAACUUCAAGCACAUAUGCUACAUCUUUGAGGGCUCAACAUCCACUGGAAAGUGGAGGUAUGCUAGCACACAAUCACCCCCGGGCAGCGAUUGUGAAGAGAAUGACAUCGAUCUCAACAACCCUGCGGCGAUCAUAGACCUCACGGAGCCCCAUUGUGCAUCAUCUCACAAGGCAAGAAGAAAAGGAAAAGGGAAGUUGAAGAGGGAAGGUUCUCACUUGCAGGGAUCGAACUCUAGCAAGCGUUCAUCCAAGGGUGAGCAAAUUUAUUCGGAGCUGCGAAGUGAGCCUGUUGAUAUGUACGCAGCUGGCCCGUCUAAUGGUAACAUUGGUAAUGCACGUCAUUGGGCGGACAAUAUCGAUGAAUUGCUCGACUCGGAUGCAUUCGACACAGACGACGAGGAUGAGUGUAAUUUUGAGGCUAAAGCGCUGUGCAGGCUUGGAAAAACUAUUAUAUGUCCAGCUGCGAUGGAGUUGCCUCAUCCAUACGUUGCCCGAAAUGGCCGCUACUAUCUAUGGUUUGCGAAAUGCAUUGGAGCGAUUGACGGCACUCACGUUAAAGCGUGCGUUCAAGGUGAGAACAUUGUGCCCUACAGAAGCAGGAAGUCCACAAUAACACAGAAUGUCAUGUGCGUCGUUGACUUCGACCUUUGCUUCACAUACGUUUAUGCUGAAUGGGAGGGCAACACUCAUGAUUCGCUGAUUUUCCAGGAGUGCAUCGAGGAUCCCAUCACUCUUUUCCCCAUGCCGGUCGAAGAUUACUUUUACUUGGUUGACUCGGCCUACGGAUGCUACAAGGGAUUUUUACCCCCACAUCGCAACGAGCGAUACCAUUUGUAA